AAAUAAAAUUGUUUCUGUAUAGAGAAAUUUCGAAUGGCUGCCAACUCAUCGAAAUGUUGACGGUGGUGCAAUGAAAUUUUCAUAGUUUUCUUUUUUCUCAAAAAAAAAAAAAAAAAAAACGAAGUGCACAAACAUUUUUUUCGUUUAAUUUUUUUAACAAUUUCUAAUAGAAACAAUUGAGUGCUCAGGAAAAAUGAAUACGUGUAAUUUUGUAAUUUUCGGCCUCCUUUUACUUAUCGCUCAUGUUCGUAGUAUCAUGUGGUAUCUGGAGCCAAAUCAUUCAAAAUGUUUUCGAGAAGAAAUUCAAGCUAAUGUUUUAGUUAGUGGAGAAUAUCAUGUAUCUGAAGUACAAGGUCAAAAAGUUGAUUAUGUGGUUCGCGAUUCGAAAGGACAUAUUCUUGCGCAAAAACAAGAUAUUCCUCAUGGAAAGUCUGGGAAAUUUUCAUUCGUCACUGAAGUUUAUGACAAUUUUGAAAUAUGUUUCGAAUCGCACGUUGCAAAAAAUCAACGUGGCAUAAAACAAGAAAUUUCCUUAAAUAUAAAACGAGAUCUUGAGGCAAAAAGUUAUGAAAGCCUUGGCGAGGCUUCUAAAUUAAAACCCGUUGAGGUCGAAUUAAAAAGAUUGGAAGAACUUUCCAAAAUAAUUGUCGAUGAUUUCUCGAGAAUGCGAAAAAGUGAGGAAGAAAUGAGAAAUACAAAUGAAUCGACAAACGCUCGUGUCCUUUACUUCAGUAUAUUUUCCAUGUGUUGUUUAUUGGGUUUGGCAACAUGGCAAGUCUUCUACCUUAGACGUUAUUUCCGAGCGAAGAAACUCAUAGAAUGAAUGCUUCUUUUUUUAAAAAAAAAUCAGAUUUUCUCUGAAAGAAAAACAAAAAUGACGAGGACUUGAAAACGAAAAAAAAAAAUAAACUCUUUCUAAAGACUUGAAAUCUUCGUCAAAGGAAUGCCAAUGUUGUGAAGUAAAAAAAUCUUCACAAAGUAUGGUCAUGCCAUGUAAUUAAAAAUAUUGUACAAAAGAAAAUCAAGCAUACUUCAUCAAUAACAAAAAAAAAAUGUUUUUGUAUUUUACCACACAUUUACUCACACUUGAAACCAUUUUAAAUGUCAAUCAAGGAGAGUGUUUGCAAUAAUUGAAAAAGAGAAAAAAAAAAAACCAUUUCGAGUAAAGGAAAGCGAAUCAUAUUUCAAAUAUUCUAAAAGAAACUCGAUCAUGAAUUUAAAAUCUCGUAAAAAGAAAAUGGUGACUAAAAACAAUUUUACUGAAAAGAUGAUUUAGAAAAAAAAAAAAAUUAAAUGACUUAUUAAAUAUCGAGUUUGCUUUACUUUAUUCGCUAUAGAUUCAUUAAAUAUAAGCAUGGAGUGAUUUAGUUGUUACUAAAUAAAUCAUAUUAUUUCUUAAGGUAUCUAAGGUAUUUCGGGAUUUUUGUACAUGUGAUUUCUUUUUUUGUUCAUUCCUUCUUCUUUUUUUUCUUGUUAAAAAAAUUCAAUAUUUCUUCAUUUAGAUCUAAUUUUAUUGAAUUAUUCUAUUUCUUUUGAGAAUAAGAGAAAACAGUUUUUUUUUUUUUUUAUUUCACAGUUCAUUCGAUGGAUUAAUUUUUAUUCGUGAUAUUUUGUUUAUAUUAAGUGUGUAACUGGAUAAAAUGAUCUUGUGGAAAUAAAGUGUAAUAUUUAUCAUA